CUACUGUACGACUUAGCCUGCUGCCAUUUCUCGUUAAAUUUAUGCUUAAUGUUUGAUCUGUGGUUUACUGAUUAGCCCUAUUCUUUCUUCAAUUCCUCGAUCGCUCUUCAGAUUUCCUUCCUUUUUAUCUGUCGGUUUCGUCCUAGGGUUUACGAAAUCAUAUGUUGAUUUUCAGGAUAUACGCAUGUAAAUCAAACAAUUGUGUUUGGUUUUAUCCGAACGAGAAACAAAUCACCUGGUGUUGUUAGUAGGGUUUACGAAAUCAUAUGUUGAUUUUCAGGAUAUACGUAUGUAAAUCAAACAAUUGUGUUUGGUUUUAUCCGAACGAGAAACAAAUCACCUGGUGUUGUUAGUAGGGUUUUACGGAUCUGGAGUUUGUUUUGUUCUCUAAUUCUGUGUUUCGAUUAGUAGGGACAACUAAGAAUCGUAUCCGAUUGGGUGGGAGUGUGGCCAAAGCCAAGGAAGCGGCCCGAAUUGGGAGCCAGUGGACGUUUGCUGCUGAUGCUCCGAUCCAAUCUAGGAUUGUGGUUUUUGUUGAUAUUCUCAGUUCAAAGAUGGAUGGAGGUGACCCCAAGAAUCUUGCCUGGAUUGGGAGUGAACUAUAACAAGGAAGAAUGUUGGGACUCUUCCAUACGGGGAAACUCAUCAAGGAUCAAGCCAUAAUCAAGGAGGAUAACAAUUCCGUGAGGAGAUGCAGGUUGGUCGGGAGAUACCUGCAGGAUUGUUGUAAAGAGACAUGGGUGCCUGACUGUCUGAUUUUUGCAUCAGUAAUCACAAUCUGCACCUUUUUUAGGAUAUCACCCCAAACGGCAACUACUAAUCUUGGUCCAAGAGUCAGGAAGCUCUUCCCUAAUUGUCUUCAAUUAAGAGCGAAGACUCUAUCUCUACUGGAAGUUUAUCAAUAUGUCCACUGUUUUGGGCUUGAGCCUUCUAGCCUCUUGAUCGCCGGUCAUGGCGGUGGAGAAGCAUGAGAUAUAGGCCGACAGGGAUUCUUCUAAUGGAUGGCCCAACAAGAUCAGUCCGCGACGGAUCGUUCGCAGUAUGAGCACCGGUCGCACGGCGUGGAUUCUCUCAUCUUUUUAGUUUUCAGGUGAUUAUGCCUCUCCCGCAUCUCUUUUUCUUCGCUGAUUUUAGAUUUUCGAUCGUCGGUUGAAUUUUUUAUUCUACUCGAUAUCUUUGCUUUCUAAGCUUUUUCCGCCGAUUUUCUCUCUGCAAUAUUUGCCGUGUUUUUUGAAGAUAUUAUCAAGAAAAUUCUCCACUGUUUUGUUUGUUCAAUUUCCUUUCCCCCGGAACUGAAGAAGAGAAUUAUGGCCAACCGUCACAUUUACUCCCAUGUUAUGGUGAGAAGUUUGGAGGAUUAUCAACUGAAGGUAAACAAAACAGAGGCUACGGAAAAGCACCUCCAAACAUUUCUUUUGCUUACUGAAUCGAUCAUCCUACUAGAUAGAUUGAUCCAAGAAAACUAAGCCGUAGAGAAAGAAUAUAUACUUGUUGUUGAACGUCGAUUUUUAGCAGUCUAAGUCUGACAGUCUCUGUUCUUGUUGCUAAUUUUUGUGGAUAUCUUUUCCUUUGUUUCAAUGGCUCGCAUUAUUUUUGGUGUUACCUGCCAGAGCCGGAGAAAUAAGUACGGGAGAAUAAUCGUGUGCUAACUCUAGAAGGUCAGAGCCUUCUCAUUUUGUGUGAUAACCACUAAUUAUUUCUUUUCUAACCACCUUCUAUCAAUCUCAUAUGCAUUACUUUGGCUGUGCCGCUUUUAUGAUUCAUAUUGUGAAUGAGAAGCUUAAGUAUUACAUACCCAUCCAUUAUGCAUAUAUUUUUCGAAUUGUUGCAUGUUGCUUGUUUUGCAAGACCAUUUGGUGUCAUGAUAAUCUUUUUCGAAUUUUGUGCCAUUGAUCGACUUGACUGGCCUAUUUAGCUGAGCUCUUUUCAGUUAGCUAUCUAGGUUUCUGUGUAUGGUUGCCUAGGUGCCUGUCUUUUCCUUUUUGUGUUGAUGCAAGCGUCACGCUGGUUGCUUUUAUUUUAUUUUUUCUAAACUUCUGCAAAUGUCGAGUAUAACACCAGUCUUUAGUCCUAGUUUAGAGGUGUUGGGAUAGGAGCAGUAUGUGUUAUCAAGGAACAGUUGUUUGGAAAGCUGAUGAAUGAUUAUGAGUAAUUCUUGCUAUGUUAUUUAGUUUUGUCUAAUUGCGGUAGGAUCAGGAUGAAGCUGGAAUCGGGAACCCAUCAUGUGCACUUCUUCUUGAGUUUGUGAGGCAUGGACCUGGACAGUUAUGGAUGUCCUUACUUUCGUUUUACUGUUAAUAUUCUGUGAUGGCGUUUGCUCUCAGUUAUUAGGCAAGCGGAACUACUCCCAUCACACGGAUUAAUUCUCCGGUGCUUUACCCUUGCAUGUCAACUGGCUUUCCCAGGUCACCUAGAGGAGAGGAGCUGGAUUAAUUCUCCGAUGGCUUUCUCGUUUUCAUUUUGUGAUGUGUUUCAUAUUUUCUUAGUUAGUGCUCGUUGUAAUAAGUUGAUCUCAUACGUGCUCUGUUUUUUUAAUCUCGUCGAUGUAUCACUGUAAAAUAGGGACGGGGGGUCACAUAAUGUUAACAAAGAUGGGAUGACGGGUUCCAUCGUGAUAGCA